UCUCGUCUGUGACUAUAAAGGAAGCUUCCUUAAAGUCCUUAAAGCUGAAGUUCUUCAGCAUUUCUGCAAUGGGUUUCAGUAGACCUCAAAAGCUCGGCAAUGGGAUUUCUACCCGAUGGGUUUCUCUCUUUUGCAUUGCCAGCUUCUUCUUAGGUGUACUUGUUGUCAAUAGAUUUUGGGAUGAUUCUGAUCUGAUCACAAUGAAUGAGGAGUCUUCUCCGGUACAGAAACACCAGAGAAAAGAAGUUCAUCCCGUAGUUGAUUGUCAUAAGGAAGCUUCUGUUCAGGCUGGUGAUAUUCUUUCUCAAGUUUCACAAACUCAUGAUGUAAUCAUGAAAUUAGACAAAACUAUCUCAUCAUUGGAGAUGCAGCUAGCUGCAGCUAGAGCUGCCAAAGCAGAUAACGAGGAAGGAUCUCCGAUGGUUACAAAAUCAGGAGUUGAGAGCCUGACGGAGCGCCCAAAAUUUUUCUUUGUUAUGGGAAUUAUUACUGCAUUCAGCAGUAGAAAACGAAGGGAUUCGAUCAGGGAAACAUGGAUGCCUCAAGGGGAGGAAUUAAAGAGGUUGGAGAAAGAGAAGGGGAUUAUAAUGCGAUUCGUCAUAGGACAUGGUCCAACCCCAGGAGGUGUCUUGGAUCGUGCUGUUGAUGCUGAAGAAGAGCAACACAAGGAUUUUUUGCGCCUGAACCAUGUUGAAGGUUACCAUGAAUUGUCAUCGAAAACCCAAAUAUACUUCUCCACAGCUGUUGCUAAGUGGGAUGCCGACUUCUAUAUUAAAGUCGACGAUGAUGUACAUGUAAAUCUGGGUAUGAUUGGUUCUACACUGGCCCGUCACAGAUCGAAACCUCGGGUUUAUAUCGGUUGCAUGAAAUCUGGUCCUGUUCUGGCUCAGAAACUCGUUAAGUACCAUGAGCCGGAAUAUUGGAAAUUCGGCGAGGAGGGAAACAAGUAUUUUAGGCAUGCAACUGGACAAAUAUAUGCAAUCUCUAAAGACUUAGCCACCUAUAUCUCGGUCAACCGGCAUAUACUUCAUAGAUAUGCAAAUGAAGACGUCUCUCUCGGUUCAUGGUUUAUUGGUCUCGAUGUUGAGCACAUCGAUGAUCGAAGUCUUUGCUGUGGUACUGCCCCUGAUUGUGAGUGGAAAGCUCAAGCAGGGAAUCCUUGUGCUGCAUCAUUCGAUUGGAGCUGCAGUGGCAUUUGUAAGUCUGUGGAGAGAAUGCAGGAGGUGCACCGGCAAUGCGGGGAAGGCGACGGAGCUAUCUGGCAUACUAGUUUCUGAAACUCCAUAACCACCAACAAACCAACCUGAUUGUAAUAUAUUUGUCUAUGUUCAAUCGAUGCCGUGGUUCAAACAGACGUCGUCUGCCCCGAUUUUUGCCUAUCAAUGUCUCGGGACAGUUGGUACUGAUGAUAUUAAACUAAUUCCUGCACAUAUUCUCAUUUCCUGGAAAAAGAAAGUGAAAAUCUUUAAGAUUGUAAAGUGAUCACUCUCUUUAACUGCAAUU